AUGAAAGGAAGAGUAGGAGGAGGUGGAGGAGGGAAUGGAGGGGCUCCAACAGACCUUCUGGUCUGCCUUCCCUCUAGACAUCAUCUGACACUGAUGCCAAAGCCCAUCUGUAGCCCAUCUCGGCCCACAGAGGCCAGCAAGCGCCGGUCGUCGAGGUCCGGCAACCGGGGCCAGGCCAGCCCCCUCUUCAAGGCCAAGACCAAGCACAUGAGCUCAGAGAUCGCCGAGCCGACGUCUCCCAAGGUCACCUGCGCCGGCCAGAUCAAGGUGAGGUCUCGGCCCAGUCCCAGAGGCAGCCGCGGCAAGGACUGGCUCUCACUUGUGGAGGACAUAGAGAGGCUCCACAAGCACCGGAAGAGGACCAACUGGCGUCAGACCCUUGGCAUCAAGAAGGAAAUCAUGCAGUUCCUCGGAGCCUUCCGGGGACUCCGCUUCCAUAUGAGGUGCUUCGGCUUGUUCCAUGGCUCGGUAGACUGCACCACCGAUGAAGAAGAUGAGGACGAAGAGGAGGAGAAGGAAGUGGACAGCAGUGGCUCUAGUAAUAUAUUCUCUAAGUGGUUUAUGGUUCUAGAAGAGAACCAACAUCGUAGAUAUGGGAAAGAAGUAGAGGAAGUGAAAGAAGAAGAGAGAGAUGGUACUACUUUCGAGGAGGUUGCACCACCUCCAAACGCUCUAUUGCUCAUGAGGUGUCGAUCGGCGCCAGCCAAAGGGUGGUUGGAGGGAGAGGAGGCGACUGCAAAAUUGAUCAAGGAGGAGGAGAAAGAGAGAGAGAGAUUGGUGCUGAUGAGCUAUGCCCCUGACUUCUUCAAGGUCUCGACAGACAUUGCAAAGGAGACUUGGAUCGUUGGGAGCAUGGAUCCUUUAGCAAGGAAUCGAAGCUGGAAGAGAUAAUGGAUGACGAUAGAAGAGUGGUGACGGUGGUGAUAGCUAAUUUUUUUGCAUGAUGCUUGUGGUGUUGG